CUGACCGACUGCACUCAAAUUCGCGAGGGAUCUAUUUUAACCGCACACACACCAGCCGUGGACCUGGAUGUGCGCCUCAACGAGCUCGACAAGAAGCUCGACCGCUCAUUGGAUGGCAUCAAGGAUACCUUACGAAUGGCUAGUAAGUGUGUGGACUGCCAAAGUGUGUAUCAAACUGUCGAUAGUAGAAUGUAA